GAGCAUCGGGCCGUAUAGUGUGAGACCUGCAUCGUGACCUAUGAACUUCUAACCCCUGCGAGUCAAUCGUACAGUUUGAGCAGAAGCUGAAUAACGCGACUGAAAAAAAUCGCACAGUGUCUGCCCAGCAUAACAAUCAUGUAACCGAUGGUCCUUCCUGUGUUCGAGUGAUCCACGUACUUGUGUACGUGUUGAAACAGCCGACAGAGCAAGGAGUGGACAAGAAGAGUUGUUGUUUACGAGUGCUUGAAGAUGAAUAAUUUGGAGGAAGAGGAGGAUGGAACAUCAUCUCUCAUGCCCAGCUGUAUGUCUAUGGCCAGUGACUGGUCCAAAGGUCGUCCUCCAAACUUCAGUAAUGACUCGGGACCCCCAGACACGAAGGGAAACAAUAAUUUGGAGGAAGAGGAGGAUGGAACAUCGUCUCUCGUGUGCAGCUGUAUGUCUAUGGCCAGUGACUGGUCCAGAGGUCGUCCUCCAAACUUCAGUAAUGACUCGGGACCCCCAGACACGAAAAAGAACGAGUAUGUGGAGAAGCCAAUGUCCUGCUGUGCUUCGUGUCAGGCUGUCGUGAAUGACCCAGUCUCUACCAUCUGUGGACACUUGUUCUGCAAACAGUGCAUCGACUUGUGCCCGGACUCUGAUUCAUCAAGAGACACUUGUCCCCUGUGUGGAAAAAAAUCCAGAACCAGUUCUGGACUUUGGACAGCCAGUAGAAACAGCUGUGUGCAAAUAGAUGAUGGUCUUCAGGAAGUUUUCGAUGAACAUAAAAUCUGUUUGAAGAUGCGAUGUCAAUCUGUGACUGAGGGAACUGAUAAAACAGGAGGUGGAACUCUCCUCAACGCAAUCUACACUGAGCUCUACAUCACAGAGGGACAGAGUGAGGAGGUUUAUACCCAACAUGAAGUGAGGCAACUUGAGAGAGCUUCAAACAAGAAGACCCUCCAUGAUGCUCCAAUUAAGUGUUGUGAUAUCUUUAAAGCCUUACCCGAACAACAAAUGCAAAUAAGAGUGGUUCUGACCUACGGUGUUGCUGGUGUUGGAAAAACAUUCUCAGUGCAGAAGUUCACUCUGGACUGGGCAGAAGGUUUGGAAAACCAAGACAUCAGUGUGGUGACUCUGCUUUCAUUCAGGGAGCUGAACCUGAUCAGACAUGGGCAGUAUAGUCUCCUGGAGCUGCUCCAGGUUUUCCAUCCAACAUUACAGAAGGUCACAGCAGAGAAGCUCGCUGUCUGUAAACUUUUGUUCAUAUUUGAUGGUCUGGAUGAAAGCAGACUUUUACUGGAUUUCACUAAGAGGGACGUCAUGUCUGAUGUCACACAGAAGUCAUCGGUCAAUGAUCUGCUGACAAAUCUCAUUGAAGGUAAUCUGCUUCCUUCGGCUCUCAUCUGGAUAACUUCCCGACCAGCAGCAGCCAAUCAGAUCCCCCCUACAUGUGUUGACCGUGUCACUGAAGUGCGAGGUUUCACUGAUGCUCAGAAAGAGGAGUACUUUAAGAAGAGAUUCAGUAAUGAAGAGCUCUCCAGCAAAAUAAUUUCCCACAUCAAAUCAUCCAGCCUAAACGUCAUGUGUGGAAUCCCAGUCUUCUGUUGGAUCACUGCUACAGUUGUGGAGCACAUGUUGACUGCAGGGCAGAGAGAAGAGCUGCCCAAGACCAUGACUGACAUGUUUUCACACUUCCUGUUGGUACAAACAAAAAGGAAGAUUCAAAAGUACCAUAAGGGAGAAGAAGCAAGUCCACAAGAGCUGAUGGAGGCUGACAAGAAAGGUCUUUUAAAGCUGGGGAGGCUGGCGUUCGAACAUCUGGAAAAAGGAAACCUCAUGUUCUACCAAGAAGACCUGGAGCAGUAUGGUGUGGAUGUCACAGAGGCCUCGGUGAACUCAGGACUUUGUACAGAGAUUUUCAAAAGAGAGUGUGUGAUCUUCCAGAAACCAGUCUACUGCUUUGUUCAUCUGAGCAUUCAGGAGUUUCUGGCUGCUGUCUACAUGUUCCACUGUUUCACCAAUAAAAAUACUGAUGUUCUGCAGGACUUUAUAAAUAUAAAUUCUUUUCUUGAGAAAACCUCUAAUUGUUCCAUCCCAUCUCUGGAUGUUUUUCUGAGCAGAGCCAUGGAGAAAUCUUUGCAAAGUAAAAAUGGCCAUCUGGACCUGUUUGUUCGCUUCCUUCAUGGCCUUAGUCUGGAGUCCAACCACAGACUUUUAGGAAGCUUACUGGGUCAUUUGCAAAAUAGUCCAGAAAUCAUCAAGAGAAUUAUAAACAACCUCAAGAAGAUGAACAGCGAUAAAAUAUCUCCUGACAGAAGCAUUAACAUUUUCCACUGUCUGAUGGAGAUGAAUGACCUCUCAGUACAUCAGGAGAUCCAAGAGUUCCUUAACUCAGAGAACAGAUCAGAGAAGAGACUCUAUGAAAUCCACUGCUCGGCUCUGGCCUACAUGCUGCAAAUGUCAGAAAAAGUUCUGGAUGAAUUGGACCUGAACAAGUACAACACAUCAGAGGGGGGGCGGCAGAGACUGAUCCCAGCUGUGAGGAACUGCAGAAAGGCUCUACUUUCUGACUGUGGAAUUUCGAAGACUCACUGUGAAGUCUUGGCCUCAGCCCUGAAGUCCAAUCCCUCCCAUCUGAUAGAGUUAGAUCUGACCUUCAAUGAGCUGGAGGACUCGGGACUGAAGCUGCUCUCUGCAGGACUGGAGAGUCCAAACUGCAGAUUGGAGACCCUGAAACUGUGGCACUGUGGAUUGUCAGAGAUUAGCUGUGCUUCUCUGAGCUCAGCUCUGAAGUCCAACCCCUCCCAUUUGAGACAUCUGGAUCUGAGUUACAACAAGCUGGAGGAUUCUGGAGUAAAGCAGUUGUGUGGUUUUCUGGAGAGUCGACCCUGUAAACUGGAAACUCUGAGACUAAGGGAAUGCUCUUUGUCAAAGGCCAGUUGUACUUUUCUGGGCUCAGCGCUGAAGUUAAACACCUGCCACCUGAGAGAGCUGGACCUGAGUAGAAACGGCCUGCAGGAUUCGGAUAUGAUUCAGCUGGUGAAUCUUGUGAAUAAUUCAAAUUACAGACUGGAGAAUCUGUGCAGGAGCGACUUGUCGGUAACAGUUGUCUGCUGAGCUUUGACGAGCUCUGCCCUGAUGAUCUGGAGAGUUUUAAACAGCAGCAGGAAUUUGUCCAUAAGCAUUUGUUGACUCAGGCCAUGGAGUCAAAAGAAAAACUUCAUCCGGCAGUGGCUUCUAAAGGAAUCAGAAGAAGUGCAAAUGACUGUGUUUCAGUGUGAACUGCCCUAAAAAGUGCAGACUCAAUAAGAAUUAUUCACAGACAUUAUGCAAACACAUAUAUGUGCUUAAACUGUGCAUAUGAAUAUUUCUCCUGCUAAUCUGGGAUUCUGUUCUCUGUUCCUGAACUUGCUUGUAAUGAGCAGGCAUAUUUAGAACUACGUCAGACUAUGUGUCUAUACAAAAGAUGAACUGUCUUAGGAAGUAUAUUUAAUAUUUAUCUGUUACGAAUGUAUUUGAAUCCAUCCUUACUGGAAGUUGUCAGUUACACUCAUUUCUCGAUGAUGUCCUGGUUAUGGAUGAUGGACUAGUUGGUCCUUGUUCUGGACCUGCUUACUUCUUUCCUUCUGGUUUGCGAUGCUUUAACACUUUUAAAUGUCAAACUUUUCUUUUAAGCUUGAGCCACAGCCUUUGUCUCAGAGAAUACAGGAUUCACCAGUGUAAGCAAUAUAUUAUAUAUACUGUAAGUCAGUGAAUCCUGAUGAAUAUACCAUCAUCCCUGUGUUUUAUAUACCUGAUAGAGUAUAAAAAAGCGUAUCAGCACUGCUCUUCUGAUUACUUCUUAUGUUGACACAAGGUUUAUCGUCAUUUAGACGGUACAGACUACUGAAAUCAGCAGAGUAGGCUUUGGUUUUCUGUAAUUUUUCUGUGUUGGAGCGCCACACUGUGGCAUAAUUGAGAACUGUAGUUAAUGUUUACACAGUAACUUGCAGCUCGAUGUAAGAUUGUUAAAGACUGCUUGCAUGCACAGUUUCAUUACUGUCAGUGGAUUAGGUUCUUGUUUAGUCUUUCAGUAGUUAAUCUUUCUGAAUGUAUUUGUUGGACACAUAAAAAUGUGAAGGACAGCUGCUGACUAAAGUCUUGUCAAGAAAGUUUAAUAAACCUCUAUGAGCUCAACGAA